AUGAGAUUAAUUUUUGCUAUAACGUUCGUUACGAUUUUUGUCGAUUUCGGUGUUAAGUCGAAUUUUAUAAACGACAUUGAAAAAUUCGUAAAGAGCGAUCAACAAUAUCAAGAAAUAGCUGAGAAAUCAUUUAAACAAGUCAUCGAAGAACAGGGAAAAGAUAUCGUGAGUCAAGCAUUUGAAUUUGGUGAAAUAUCUACUGAACGUUUACCGGAAAUAGUAAACAGAUAUGGAUAUCCUUUGGAAAGUUAUUAUGUUACAACUGAAGACGGUUACAUCCUCAACAUAUUCAGGAUACCAUACGGAAAAACUGGUAAAAAAAUAGGUAAAGUAGUGUUAUUGCAGCACGGUCUCUUUCUGGCUUCAACUGAUUACGUGCUCUUUGGACCCCAACAAGGUUUAGCUUAUAUACUAGCUGAUAAUGGUUACGAUGUUUGGAUGAUGAAUUGCAGAGGAAAUAUUUAUUCAAGAAACCACACGACAUUUGAUCCAGAUAAGGAUAAAGAAUUUUGGAUGUACAGUUGGCACGAAAUAGGGAUUUAUGAUACACCAAGAGCCAUUGAUUUCGUCCUUGAAAAAACUGGAAAUAAAACUCUUUAUCACAUUGGACAUUCUCAAGGUACCACGGCAUUUUAUGUGAUGGCAUCCAUGAAACCAGAGUACAACGAAAAGAUAGAGCACCAUAUCAGCUUAGCACCAAUUGCGUUUAUGCAGCACUUGUACAGCCCCGUAAUGAGAAUAAUGUCUCCGUCUGCAUUUCUUAUCGGAGAAACCAUGGACAGCCUCGGUCAAUUCGAAUUUAUUCCCAACAAAGGACCUUUAAAGGACAUAAUGUCGGGCUUGUGUUCAGAAAGUUUAGGAACGGUACUUUGCAAAAAUUUUCUUUUCCUAGCUGCUGGUUUCACCCCGAAUCAAAUAAAUGCUUCGGCAAUGCCUAUCAUCUUCGGUCACUAUCCAGCUGGUGAAUCCAUGAGACAAGUACUGCACUAUUGUCAAGAAUACAAUUCUGGAAAAUUCGCUCAAUACGAUUUCGGUUUGAUCAAAAAUCUUGCGACUUACAAACGAAUCAGUCCUCCAGAAUAUGACUUAUCUCAAAUUUCCACGCCGAUUUCAAUCAUAUACAGUUCUAACGAUUGGUUAUCUGCUACAAUCGAUGUUGAAAAACUAGCCAAAAUGUUACCGAAUCUUAAACUUAAUUAUUUGGUACCAAUUCCGACUUGGAGUCAUUUAGAUUUCGUCUUUGGAAAUGAUGCCCCUUCUGUUAUAUACACUAAAGUACUUAAAAUACUAUCUACUUACUGA